UCCGUGUUCAGGACCUGAAGAUCCUGUGUGCUGAGAGCGAACAGAUACGAACGUGUUGGACGUCGUCUUUCAGACUGUUUAAGUACGGGAAGCAGCUCCAGUGCAACUAUCAACUUUCCAAAUCGGCCCCUCGGAGCCUCGAAGGAUCCAAACUCAGCGACGGCAAAUCGGAGGCGGAGGCCAGCCUCGUGGCCAUGGACUUCUCGGGGAAGGCCGGCGGACGGGUCAUCCAGAACCCGACGGAGGCCCAGAGCGCCGAGAGGGAGGAGGGGCAAGCCUGGAGGCGGAGAGAAGCCCUGAGGUGCAGUCUGCCCAGCCUGACCUCUGGAGCGAGGCCGUCCUCCAUCCACAAGUCCCAGCCGUGGUUUCAUGGCGGCGUGUCCAGAAAAGACGCUCAGAGACUGAUAGAGAAGCAGGGCCUGGUGGACGGGUGAGUCCAGGAU